AGCGUAUCUUGAAGAGCCGUCGGCAAUGAGCUGGGCUGCGCCGACCGAGCCUGCCGUCCUGAGCAUUGCGGGUGCGACCUAUCCCGUUUUCUUCACCUACGGCCAGGAGGACAGAAGCCUCCAGAUCACGAUUGUGUGCGUGUCAACGAGCACUGAGUUUACGACGACGCUGCCCGCGACGACCGUCGAGAUCCUUGCCUCCGCUGCCAAGUGCGACGCCGCGUCUCAUGCGUUCCAGGCGUUCCUCAUCGACCAUGUUCGAUUGCGCGUUGACGGACGCACCCGCGCGUUCUUCCUCAGCAGCACGCGCUUCCACGACCGCCAUUUCGACGCUGGGCGCGUCACUGACGCCGAGCACGGAUCGGGGAAGCGCCUUGUGCGCCAGUUUGACGAUGUGGUGCGGUCGCUUGCCGACCAGCGCACUGUACGUGUCUUCUUCGUGAGGGUGUUCUGGCGGACGAGUGCGAUCGUUGCCCUAGCUUCAAGAGCGCAUCAUGUGGAGUAA